AGACCCUGGCAUGCGGACUUCAAUCACUGCGGUAGACACCACCAAGACGCGAAGCAUCUAUUUCUACCCGGCAUCGCCGCCUCCUUCGCGACCUCUGCGAUCUAUCUGACCCGUGUACUCUCGAUCGCAAUCUUGAUGCGACACCGUUGAGAUCAUGAGCGAUAGUGCGACAAAGCGUAAAGCGACUGGACCUCCUGACACGGAGUUCGGUUCGCGGAGUGCCAAACGGCAAAAGGGCGCGGGUGCGGCAGAGGGUUAUGUGGAAACGCCGGAGACCACGACGGAGAGGGGCAUGGAAUUCUUGCGGACGAUUAGAGCCUCGAAAGAUAAGACUGGCCGGAGCAUCGUCGAGGCAUUUCUUACAUUGCCGAAAGCCGAGGAAGUACCAGGCUACUACGACCAAAUCAAGUUGCCGAUAGCUCUAGACACAAUUGAAAAUAAGCUUAAGCAGCGCGCUUAUCCUACCCUGACAGCCCUUGAAAGUGACUUCAAACGCAUGGUUCAGAAUGCGAAAGACUUCAACGACAAGCGUUCACUGAUCUACGAAGAUGCCGAGCGUGUGCGUAAAGGCGCUUCAAAUUGGUUUGUGAGGAAUAAUCCGGCAUACGGCGAUCGGAACUACGUCGCGAAGCCAACUCCUAUACCUGACGAUGCUAAUGGUGCUCCUUCCACACCCGGACCUAUAUCGCUCAAGAUUACAAAUAAAGCUGCACCAGUCAGGAUGCCUGUUGUAUCCACUACUUCUGCUCCAGCUGGCAAGGGAGACCAGGCUGAAGCGGAUGAGGAUGCUGAAGGCGAAGUUGAAGAAUUACCAGAUUUCGCAGGGAAAACUUUCCAGGAAGCACAAGAACAGCUGCUAGAGGAGCUCAUCAAUUAUGAAGAUGGCGAUCUGCAGAUAUUUACUCCUUUCCACUUCCUGCCUCCCCGAGCAUUGCACGACUAUUACCAGCUCAUCAAAUAUCCUGUGUCUCUAAAAGGCAUUCAGAAGCGUGUGCGGGGCAAGCAUGGCAAAGAACCUGCGACGGGAAAGUCGGACUUUCAGACGUGGGACGCUCUCGAAGAAGAACUCAGCUAUAUCUGGAAAAAUUGUCGCGAAUACAAUGAGGAUGGUAGCGACAUGUACAACCUUGCAGGGGAGUUCGAGGAGAUCUGCAAGCAACGGUUGGAAUUAGCGAGAUCACAGGUUGAGCAGCCAGCGCAGACCAAGAUCAAGCUGAACUUGGGAGCCGGCAAAGCAGCACCGGCACCUUCUAUCAAGCUCAAGUUCGGCUCAAAGCAAAGCCCUGGUACUCAAUCGCCAGCCGAGACACCUGCUACUGAGCGUGGGACUCCAGGGAUAACAGUUGACAACGAUGCCCUGCAACGUCAAAAAGAUAUGGUUGCUGCAAGCGUGAACGGAGCACGAAGUGGCUCGACAGCGAACAGAAAUGCCUUCGGCGGCUCGAGGUCGGGAUCCGUGUCAACUCCUAUACCCGGAGUGGCACGGCGUGCAUCUGGAGCCUCCCCUCCAGUUCAGACGAACGGUGUUAAGGCUGAAGAUCAGUCGCCCGCGCUGAGCGCAGUCCGUCCGACAACAGCGGCCUCGAAUUCCAUUGGCACAGCAUCGAUGCCGCCGCCUGCGGGCGUGAAUUCUCGUCCUGUUAGCGGCAGCCCCCAUCCCCAAUUGCAGCCUCCUAUAUAUCAAACUGCGCCACCACCGACCAACCAGUAUCAGCCACCUCCAGCAGUUAACAACUUCAUGCAGUCCAAAUUGCGGCCUGAGGGUCAGACGAUCAAGGAUUCCAUUCUACCCACACUUACCAUCAUCUCGCAUCCGGGUAUCCAAACCUCCACACCUUUCAAGCAAGUCAUCAAGGCGCAUCCGCGGCUUAUCGAACAGUCUUUCACGUACACAGUCCCUGCGACGAAGUAUUUAUUUCACAUCAUUCCGUAUCUGCCACCGAGUGUGACUUCGAGAGCGUACCGCAUAUUCGUGCUCGUCAACGGAUCACGACUGAGUCCCCGUGCAAACCAACCAGGCGAGGACCAGGAUAAAAGUCGACCUGUGUACGAGGCGAGACUGGAGCGCGGCACAGUGGGCAGAAUCGAAGUCGAGGUUCUGGCGGAGAAGGCGAAGGGAGAAAGGGGCAAAGACGAGGUGGACAGGGAGAAAGUCAGUGUGUUCAUGCAUGUUUUGCGAAGUUGAAAAAAGAGCUUUCAAAAUCGCUGUAGUUUCGAAUUAUGCGUUAUGGACUUGCCACUCAGUCUGUUUUUGGCAACCAGGGGACAGCCGAGAGAAGGAGGCUAAUACCAGGGUUCGGGAAUAUGGUGGUCUCUAGCAUCACUGGAUUUAGGCUGCGAGCGAGGUAGUCAUGGCAUCGGGAUAUAGCAUACUGUCAUAAGGUGCAUACGUUAACAAGAGAUAUAUUGCUCAAAGAAACCUAAAGACGGAUGCACUCGCCCGAUGCGUACGAGAACUUUCGUGCUCUUAGCAGGG